AUGCGUUUAACGAUUCUGCGCGCUGUUCGGGAAGCUCUUUCAACGUCAACUUCAAACCACACUCUUCAUGUGUCCAACCUGAGUUGGGUUACCUCGAAAAAACAACUUCUCGAUUAUUUCUCGCAAUUUGGCAAAAUCAAAAAUGUCACAGUACCGCUGGAUCAACGACUGGGUGUUAAUCGAGGUUUCGCAUUCGUUGAAUUUGAAGAUGAACAAAGUUUGAAAAAGGCGUUUACCGCGGGUCAAUUUCACGAGAUUGAUGAAACUAAUGUGAGGCUGAGUCGAAACAUUGGUGCAUCCAAUUCAAAUGAAUAA